AUGCCUAUAUUCCAUUACCCGGAAAGAUCUACUUCGCCUCCAGCCAGACAACCCAACAGUGAAACCGGAAAUCAUAGGAACCAUUCUGCAGACUCAAAAUGGAAGAAAGAUCAGUUCAAAGAGAUUGAGAUGAGCGAAUCAUCGCCUCAAAACAGCUCGACUUAUAACUAUCAUUUCUUGACGUCACACUCAAAGAGCCGAGAGGAGCUCAUCCAGUCGAUAAAGCGGGGAGAAAGUCCUACCUGGGUACAUCAAUAUGUAGAGAAGAAUUUUUCAAAUCAACCUGCUCGAUCAAACUCAUCUUUUCAAGAUUGGUCACUGGAUUUUGAGAGAAACACUGACUCGACGUCAGACAAGGACAGUGUCCGACCAGAUGCAUCCGGCGUUGACGAGAGAUCUGAGCUAGCGAAACCAUCGGAAAUUGAGCGUCCACGCUCUGCACUGCAUUCCGGUGACUUUCGAGAGGGUGCUGCUCAAAACCAGGAAACGAAAUUUCCGGACUUUGACGGGUAUAACAGCUCACCACAGCCUCCCUCCUUCAAACGAUAUGGCUCUUCGCCUACCACUCCAUGGUUCAAUCAUGUUGCGUCUGCGAGGCACAUACCCCGGGACACUGAAGUAAGCCCGUUGGCCGGGCAGCACGUCAGGAGUGUACUAGGUGCAAGAUCCCGGGCACCUUCUUUAGGAUCUUUCUCAUCAAGUUACAUCCUUAAAGCGCCGACCAGUCCUCUAGUGCAUCAAGCAAACAAUACCGAUUUAGAUUUUUCGACGAAGCGUGAGUCCACUGAUGAUCUCGAAAAGAGUAUCAAGCACAGUCGUCGGCGAACGCUGCCGUCAGAGGCAUUUGUGCAGCUACGUGGCUCGCCACCCAAUCAAUCACGAACUUUCAACCUAAGCAGGUCAUUUGCCUCAGCUCACGGAAGCGAAGAUUCACGCCUCCAAGCCUAUCAGCCACAUCGUUCAUCAUUCUAUAGCCUUCAACCUGCAUCGUCAUCACCACAAACACAUUUCCGGUUGCGGCGCCCAUCCUUCGCAUCAGACUCAUCUCCUCGCAUACAUGCAUCAAUGGUCGGCUCGUAUGAAGAGUCCAUCUUGCGUGGCAGAAUGUCCACGACUCCAUCACAGCCUCUGGAUUUUACGGCACAAAUUGGUGUUUUAGGCAGGGGCAAAUGUAAAUCUAAUUUGAAAUGCCCGCCACAUAUUACAGUGCCGUUUCCCGCUGUUUUUUACAGCUAUCCAACGUCUGGGCCUGGUCGGUCUAUCUCCGACGACAGUCCUAGCCCCUACGUCGGGUUGAUCGAUCUUCAAAAUGCACAAUCUCGCAAUGGUUCGAGCGAGAAGAAGCGGCCUCGUGUGCAAAAGACACGAGUUUAUGAUAAUAGUGGUUCAAGCACGCCCAUACCGAGUCCAGACUGCGGCGAGCGCCAGAGACGUGAAAAACGUUCAAGUCGUUCCGAUUCGGCUCGGGCUCCUCCGGGCGGCUCCUAUCGCAUUCCUCAACGAGGUCAGCUGCAAAUUGUCAUCAAGAAUCCCAACAAGACAGCCGUCAAACUGUUCUUGGUGCCGUAUGAUCUUGACGACAUGGAACCAGGCACCAAAACAUUCAUUAGGCAACGCAGCUACUCUGCAGGUCCUAUAAUUGACAUGCCAUUGACUGCGCGAAAAAAUCUGGGGACUGACCGUCCCGAGGCUUCUCUCAAUCCUACAAGUGACCCGAAAGAUAAGCCUACUCUUAGGUAUCUUAUUCAUUUGAAUAUUUGCUGCCCAAGUAAGGGUCGAUUCUACCUCCAUUCGACCAUUCGCGUCGUCUUUGCCAACAGAGUUCCUGAUGGGAAAGAGAAAUUACGGAAUGAAAUUCAACUUCCAGAGCCUCGAUAUAGCCCUUACAAGCCCGUAAAGGAAUCAAAUAAUUCCGCUGGCGAUGCUUCGGCUUUUGACAAGAGCCAUCGGAGACGUAGCACCGGAGUUGGACUUACCAGCAGCCAGUUCUUUGACGAUAAGUUCUAUCCUGAUUCACCAUCUGCAUCCUCGAAUCACAAGCAGGUCCAACCCGUACCAUUCAAACUCAAUAUUCCCAACUCACGAGGACCGUCUACCGAAGAUGAUGGUCCGUCCUUUUUUUCGAACAAUGAUAUAUGGCAAUCAGGAAACCGUUCGCCGUCCGAUGAGAUGUCUCUAGGUUCUCCCCUGCCCCCAAAAUCCCCACAUAUUUGCAAUGAUGACGCAGAAAUGAGCAACGAUGACAGCAAAUAUUACGGCAAUUCUCACCAACUUGCUACUUCGCCUACCGGUUAUUCUAGCAUCGGCGAAAGCCUUUUGGCUCAGAGGCUCAGAGAGUGGAGCUGUAAUGGUGAGCAGAGCUCGGAUUCUCAGGAAUGA